AUGGGUAAAAUACAAGUAGCUAAAGCAAAACUAUCCUUUAAGGAUAUAUUUCCCACAUGUCAGGAUCUUUAUAAUAAUAUUUUUUUUUCCGGACUCAAUUAUAAUGAUUUAUAUCCUAAAAUACAGAAGGCGUGCAAUGAUUUUAGUGGAAAAUUUAGUUAUAAAAUUACUCCGAGUUUAAGUUUUUAUUCAACUUGCUACAAACUUGGGUUCUAUUUAUAUUAUAUAAAAAAUAAAAGUGAAGAUGAUAGAAAACCAUAUUGUAAUUUUUUUAUCUAUGAACUAAAACGUGAAGUAAAGAAUAAAAAACCUAAAUUUGAGAAGUUUGAUAAGGUUCACGAAGAAUUGAUAAAUGCAUACAAAGGCGUAGGCUUAAUGGGACUUGAUGUAUGUAAAGAAUAUAUAUUAUUAAUGGAAGAUCAUAUAUAUGAAAUGUUCAGAAUGUUUGAUGAAUUAUAUAAGUAUUUUAAAAAUUUAAAAAGGAAUAAAAAUGAUACACAACGUCACGUUAGAUCAUGUGUAAACAAAUAUGAGGAUAUUAUUAAAAAAGAUAAAAAACAGUUUAACAAUACAAUUGAUGAAGAACUGGAUAAAUUCAAACGAGAUUUUCAUGAAUAUUUGCAAGGAAAAAUUACUUACAAAUGUGAAAAUGAAUUAUUGAAUUGUACCUUGAUGAUACCACCAAAAAAAAUAACAAAAGCAGAGGCAUUAUCAGGAGAUACUGCAUCUCCAGUGACGUGGACAAGCACGGGUGUUUUAUUUUUUGCAGUAUUAUUAAUUAUAUUCAUUCAUACUGCUUAUGGUUUAUGCUUACGAAGAAGGAGAAAAAAGUUAAAAAAUAUGUGUAAUAGAAAAAAUAAAAAACAUUACGAAUUAAUGAAUUUAUUUGAAGAGGAACAAAAAAAUAUAAUUCAAAAUAAAUAUAAUAUAUUAUAUAACUCAGUAGAUUAG